AUGCGAACCACUGCGAUUCGCACAACAUCAUAUAGUCUUCCUGCUCACCUUCACGACCAUAUCGACGUCGUUCAGCCUACGAACUUCUUCCCUUCUGGUCGACCUCUCUUGUCAUCUUUGAUAGUUGACGAUGGCUCCUUCAACCAGCAAAGCGGUCCCGCCCCAGCCCCAGUACCACAACCAAACAUGUCGCUCCCAGAGCUCAAAACGCUCUAUCGCACCGAUGCGUACAAGGCUAAAGGAACGCGAAGUUCAAUCGGUAUCACCGAAAAACUGUAUAAACUAAAAUAUGAUUUUUUCUAUCGUCCAGCACUGAAGAGUACUCUCCAUGUAGAGCUUAUCAACGGAGCAAUCAACUCUCAGAACAUUUCCGAGGCUGGCAUCGAGGCUAAUUUGGAUGUCCAAUUCGCGGGAGGGAUCUCGGUGAGCUACCUCACCUCUGCGCAAUGGGGAUUCCGGGCUACUCAAUCACCCCUUGAAAUCUGUUUUGAUGGCAGUACCCUGUCAAGCAAAUACAUAUGGUCGCGGCCAAAUACGAACCGGAGCAUCAGCUAUGAGGAUAACGGCAAUGAACCCUACGACGUUUUUCUCACUUACCUCCUCAGGAAGAAAACGAAGGAUCUUCCUCAAGUGUUGACUACCAGUUAUGGUGAGGAUGAGGAUACAGUUCCGAUCAACUACGCCCGACGUGUGUGCAAGCUUUACGCUGCACUGGGGACGCGGGGUAUUAGCGCUCUGCAUGCCUCGGGCGAUGGAGGUGUAGGCUGCGUGGGGGAAACAGGAGCUUGUUUCACCCCCAAUAGGGGCUAUCGGUAUCCUAUCGUGUAUCAAUGGAAAGUCAUACGUGUCUCGGGUACGAGCGCUUCGACACCUACUUUUGCUGCGAUAAUUGCGCUCCUAAACGAUGCUCUACUCUCCAAAGGUCGUGGACCUCUCGGAUUUCUCGCCGCGCUCUACAUGGGCAGCAACCCAUGGAUUUACACUCUCAGACCGGGCAUCCUGAACGACAUCACUACAGGUAGCAACCCAGGUUGUGGAACGACGGGGUUCAAUGCGACGAGAGGUUGGGACCCUGCAACUGGGUUUGGAACGCCUGAUUUGCCGAGACUUCUUAAGGCACUCAAGCUUUGA